AUGCCUCCAUCUCAACCGAGGACCACGAACACUCGAUACCCUGCUUCAAAACAUCAUCGCCAAGCAGGUCACCCAAGGCAUCCUCACCGUGAGACAGGUCGCAUUCGGAUACAUGACGCCGAUUCUCAGCCCGCCACAUCCAUCGGCGAACGUGUACAACUCCCUGCUCCAGGAACUGACGACCCUGCGCGGAUAGAGAGUGGCCUCGAUCGAGGCAAUGGACAUGUCACGACAUCAGAUUCUAUGUGGGGCCCAAAGGCCGAUGACUACUCCUACCUGUUGUAUGUUUGGUUUCAUCCGGGGCUUGGCAUGGAUAUGUGCUGGACUAUUUGUAACCCCAGGGCCCGGAUUCUGGAGGCGGAAUUGUGGUUUUCCAUGUUUCGACCGGAUCCUAUGAGUCGAGAGGCUGGUUUACGUUACCGAUGGUUUUAA